AAUUAACAUCAUUCCCCGAGACGGCAGCGUGCGCAUUGUACGCAUUUUUGAACCAGGAAGUGCCAGAGUGCACUUGGUUUGAUAAUGGCUUCGAAAGACCAGGUUGAGAGUUUAACAGCGGAGGCAGUUUGUCAGAUCUGCCUGGAUUUCUUCACCGAUCCGGUGUCACUGGAGUGUGGGCACAACUUCUGCCGCUCCUGCAUCACACAGAGUUGGGACAAGGAGGGGAGAAACACCUGCCCGGAAUGUAGAGAGCAGUUUACAGACCGCACCCUCAGGGAUAGUCGGGCCUUGGCGAGACUGUCUGAGAAAGCUCGAACACUGAGCCUGAAUCGGACAGAGAAGGAAAGUAAACUUCAGUGCGAGGAUCAUCAGGAAGAACUGAAGCUGUUUUGUAAAACUGACAAGAAGCUGAUCUGUGUGAUUUGUGCAGCCGGGCGGGAACACAAGUCUCACAACUUCACACUGAUAGCAGAAGCUGCUGAAUUCUACAAGGAUCAGAGUAAAACUUUCUUCGUAUCGCUCACAUUAAAGCAAUCGGAGAUCCAGCAAAUGGAGCAGCAACAGAAACAGAAGAUUUCUGGAGUUCUGGAACAGUCACACAACCUUCAGUCCAAGAUCAUAUCCCAGUAUGCUGAACUGCACCAGAUUCUCACUGAGAAAGAGCAGCGCACACUGGCAGAUAUCCGGGAGGAAGAGAAGAAGAUUCGAAAUACAAUGGAGAAAAAUCUGGGAGAGAUUCAAGGGAAUUUAAAUUCCAUUCAGGAGGAACUCUUGAAGUUGGAGCAGCAGAUGGACCAAAAAGACAGUGUGGUGUUUCUGAAGGAGGAAGCCGGGCGCAAGCGAAGGUUUCGUGAUGAAGCCAAACCACUGUCGGUGGUAGAUGAAGCCUUGCCGAUUGAAAAGUUUCAUUGCCCUGUUUUGUACAACACGGCAUUCAAAGAAACAUCUGAUGACAUCAAGCAAGUCUCCGUCACCCUGGAUGUGGAAACAGCGCACCCGGGGCUCGAGGUGUCUGAGGAUCGGAAGAGGGUGAGAUGGACCGAGACCCGGAGGAGUCUCCCUGACACCGAGAGGAGGUUUACAGUCAGUCCGUGUGUGCUGGGAUCGGAGGGAUUCACAUCGGGGAGACAUCACUGGGAGGUGGAGGUGGCGGGGAGUCGGGUCUGGAGUCUGGGAGUCGCCGCAGAGUCUGUGGAGAGGAAGGGACCGGUCACGCUGACCCCGGAGACUGGAGUCUGGAGCAUCGGGCAGGGGUGGGGUGGCGGAUUUGAUGCAUUCACCUCCCCUCCAUCCCGUCUCCCCGUCAGUCCCAUCCCCGGGAGGGUGGGAGUUUGUCUCAGUUACGAGUCCGGGACAGUUUCAUUUUAUGACGCGGCCACCGAGUCCCAUCUCCACACCUUCACUGGGAAUAAAUUCACGGAGAAACUUUAUCCUUUCUUCUGGCUUUGGGAACAAAACCAGUGGCUGAGAAUCUGCUCCGGUUCCGCUCCGGGUGUGUAAAAGGGUCGGGUCCCGGGACCGGCGUCAGGAGCGGGGCUCAGGGGCUGUGGGGCAGAAACCCGGUGGACAACAGGUCGGCGCUGAAGGAACGGCGCCCAUUUAAUCCUCAAAUUCCGCGUCGUGAAACCCCAGUGAGCGCGGAAAUAAAACCAGGGGGAAUGUAAAUGUGGGAAGAGUGAAAUAAACAACAACUGAAAUCAGAACUGUCUGUCUGUC